UUAAACCCGAUUAGCGAUCAAUUAAAGCGGGCAUUUGUCAGCCCGUUCAUCGCCGAACACACACUGCAUGGAUCCCGGCCUGCGAGGGCGUACUGUCCCUUUAAGGUCUCCAGGCUGCUCUGUGUCGUAUCGAUCCAUCCACCAUUUUCCAACACACAGCGGCGGCAGCACAGCUAAAGGGGGCUCCGGCGGGGCGAGCGGACCAGAGCGAGAGAGCCACCCCCCUCUACCUGGAGAGGAAGCCCGGCACCGGCGGGCAGGCAGCCAUGGCGGCCAACAUGUACCGGGUCGGAGAUUACGUAUAUUUUGAGAACUCCUCCAGUAACCCACUGCUGAUCAGGAGGAUAGAGGAGCUGAAUAAGACAGCCAAUGGGAACGUGGAGGCCAAAGUGGUGUGUUUUUACCGACGCAGGGACAUCUCCAGCACACUCAUCGCACUGGCAGAUAAGCAUGCGAAUUACGUAUAUUUUGAGAACUCCUCCAGUAACCCACUGCUGAUCAGGAGGAUAGAGGAGCUGAAUAAGACAGCCAAUGGGAACGUGGAGGCCAAAGUGGUGUGUUUUUACCGACGCAGGGACAUCUCCAGCACACUCAUCGCCCUGGCAGAUAAGCAUGCGAGGGAGCUGGAGGAAGAGAUGGAGAAUCCGGAGAUGGCCGACCUCCCCGAGAAGCAGAAGCAUCAGCUCAGACACCGAGAGCUGUUUCUGUCCCGCCAGCUGGAGUCUCUUCCCGCCACGCACAUCAGGGGGAAAUGCUGCGUGACGCUGCUGAAUGAGACGGAAGCGUUGAAGUCCUACCUGGAUAGAGAGGAUGCCUUCUUCUACUCGCUGGUGUACGACCCUCAGCAGAAGACCCUCCUGGCCGACAAGGGGGAGAUCCGGGUGGGGAACAAGUUUCAGGCCGAUAUCACUGACCUCCUGAAUGAAGGUGAGAAACGGUGGCUUUUAUAUUUGAAUGAUAUCAUCACAUUUGAUUUUUUUUUUGUGUGUGUAGGCGAGGAGGACGCUAGGGAUCUGGAGAAACUGGAGGAGAAGAUCUGGGAUCCCAGCAGCUCGCUGACAGAGAAACAGAUCGACCAAUUCUUAGUGGUAGCUCGGUCGGUGGGCACGUUCGCCAGAGCCUUGGACUGCAGCAGUUCUGUGCGCCAGCCCAGCCUCCACAUGAGCGCCGCGGCAGCCUCCCGAGACAUCACCUUGUUCCACGCCAUGGACACACUCCACGCCACGGGCUACGACGUGACUCGGGCCAUAGCGGCGCUGGUGCCACAGGGCGGGCCGGUCUUAUGCCGGGAUGAAAUGGAGGAGUGGAGCGCAUCGGAGGCUAACCUGUUUGAGGAGGCGCUGGAGAAAUACGGCAAAGACUUCACGGAUAUUCAGCAGGAUUUUUUGCCGUGGAAGUCCUUGACCAGUAUCAUUGAGUAUUACUACAUGUGGAAGACCACAGACAGAUAUGUGCAGCAGAAACGAUUAAAAGCAGCCGAGGCGGAAAGCAAGUUAAAGCAGGUGUACAUUCCCAACUACAACAAGCCAAAUCCCAACCAGCUGAUUAACAACGCAAAGCCGCCGCUGGUCAACGGAGCCGCUGGCACCGCUGGCACCGCAGCCCCUGGCGCCGGCACCCCCGCCCCGCCACUUCCGGGCCAAGGACAGAACCCGGGACUGGCCAGAGCCUGUGAGAGCUGCUACACCAGCAGUUCCUACCAAUGGUACUCAUGGGGACCCCCCAACAUGCAGUGUCGGCUCUGCGCCACCUGCUGGACGUACUGGAAGAAAUACGGGGGACUAAAGAUGCCGACUCGGCUGGACGGGGAGAGACCCGGCCCAAACCGCAGCAGCAUGAGCCCCCACGGGGUGCCCCUGCGACACAGCGGCAGCCCCAAAUUCGCCGUGAAGACCCGUCAGGCCUUCUACCUGCAGACCACCACGUUGACGCGGGUGGCGCGCCGCCUCUGCCAGGACAUCAUCAAGCCCCGCUACCUAGCCCGGCACCCCUACCUCCCCGUCAACACGGCCGCCAUUAAGGCCGAAUGUGCCCUGCGGUUGCCGGAUAAAAACCCCAGCAAGCCUUUGCCGCUGAAACCUGCCGAACGCAAACCGCUGGAGUCUGUGGUUCGAUAUCUUGAAGCACAUCCCCGUCCGGUCAAAGCUGAGCCGCCCACGCGCGGAGGUUCCAUCUCCAUGGGCAGCCUGACGCCCAUUAAGUCCACCCCCAUCCUCAACAACGGCUCCCCCACCAUUCUGGGCAAGCGCAGCUACGAGCAGCACAACGGACUGGAUGGCACCAAAUCCAAAGCCCUGACCUGGGACAUCAUGGCCAAACGCAUGAGUGAAAUGGGCCGGGCCUCGGCUGCCAUGCAGGACGAGGUACACGAGCUGGACUGAACGCUCCGCAGGGGGGCGUCCUCCAUCGUACAUCCCACCCCCGCCCAGCAGAGGGCGCCGUGAGAGCGGAAAGGAGAAGAAGGCGAGCCGGGUGCUGCUGGAAGGAGACUCUGAUGUCCUUCAGGCUCCUGGUGGUCCAUCACUUUGUACAGGACUCUUUAGUACUUCCAUACUUCUUCUUUCUUCUUCUUCUUAUUAUUAUUAUUACAAUGUCCAACUUCUUCUUUUCCUCCUCCUUUCUUUUUUUUUUUUUUUUUUUUUUUUAACCAACAAUGAUUCCGCUUAUUGUUCAGCGAUGAAAGGAUGAGGAAUGCUUGUAUAAAAAAAUAAGCCCUGUGGAAAAAGGGCGGAAGACUGUAACAUAAACCACUUGCAAACUUGUACGCUAUUUUUUUUUUUUGUUAUUCCCUCAAGGAGAUGCACUUUUCUUUCCUGACAUCAGUUAACUCCUCGUAAUUUUUUUUUUUUUUUUUUUGUCGUCGUCGUCGUCCAAUUUGAAGGCUUUAUUGGGAAUCUUGUUUGGUGAGCCGGCCGCCCGUGCUCUUUGGCCCCGAGAGGUUUAACUUAUUGAGAAAGACUGGCUGUUUUUUCUACCUUUUUCACAAGUAAUGCAUCUAUGCUUCGAUAAUGUCAUUAAAAAAAAAAAACCUCAACAUUCA